GUAAAUUUUUCUCGACCCACACCCUCCACCCGUGUGUGUAUAUAUAUAUAUAUAUAUGCUUAUCUUCAUAUUCCCACUCACAUGCAUUUGUUCUUUAAUUACUCAUAUUACGUGACAAGCUAGCUAUCUAGUCCAACACUAUUUGUCCAAAAUUCAGUAUUAUACUUCUAUCAAAAAAUGGGUUUUACUGAGCCAGAAAUUAUAUGCAAGAAGCAUCCAAAUCAUAAGCAGCAACCAGGAGUUUGUUCUUCUUGUCUUAGAGAAAAACUCAAUAAGCUUUCUACUUCAACAACAACAAUCAUGCCACUUUCUUUAUCAUCAUCCUCUACUUCUUCUUCCAAUUUUGAUUCUCCCCGCGGUGGCGGCCACCGCCGGAUCACCUCCGACGUUGUGGGUCCCUUCUCUUUCGUCAGCAUCAUCGGCGCCGGUGCCGGUGCCGGAGGCGGUUUGAAGAAAAGCAGAUCAAUAGCUUUUGUUGCAAGAUCAGGUUGUAGAUCAGGUGGAUUGAAUGGGCAAAAGAAGAAAGAAGGUUUCUGGUCAAAGCUGAUCAGGUCAACGGCGAAAAGAUCCAAUACGGUUCUUGUGCAUUAAUCAUCUUCUACUCGAGAAAGCAGUAUAUAUAUAUAUAUAUAUAUUACACCAACGACAACAUGUCCAAUGAGAUCUCACAAGUAGAAUUUAAGAAAAGUAGUGUGUACGCAGAUAUUAUUCCCACCUUGCGAAAGUAUAUGAAUGUUUUUUAUAGAUCCUUGACAAAACAAUGUAUAUUUAUUUGUUCACUGUAAAAAAAAAAAAUUACACUAUCAGUGAACUUCUACAUGAUGUAACAUGUUAUAUAUCAUCUUUUGAUAACCAAUUAUAAGCAAUUCCGUUAUGGUUAAA